UGCUCGUUGGUUUUAACACAGGAUUUUGGAAUCGCUAUCACUAGCAAUUAUUUUAAAUCAUAAUCAUUUUUUUGUCUUCCUCGCGAAGUAGGUUUGCUUGUUCACGGAUUUCAACGCGUUCAUGCACCGUUUCCUUUUUGUUUUAUGUAUAUCUAAACACCGCUUAACUCUUUCGGCUUCCUCUGAAAUGUUGUCAGCUACCGUCACAACUGAAAUCUCGUAUAAUAUGAUAUAAACACAAAGGCAGUUAUAUAAUGAGUAUGUAAUAAUCUCAUCAAAACGUAAAUAAACUAACUUUCAAAGAUUACUUGACUCCGCUUCCAACAAUGUUACAGAAAGCGGCGGAGUUGUUGCAUCCCGGACUGCUUACAAACAUUGUCCAACAACGAGAAAUAAUUUCCCGUUUUCAAUCACUUCCAAAGCUGCGUUUAAACAAAGAACCGGUGAAGAAAAAAGCAGCCAUCCUAAUUCCCCUUUGCCUUGUCGAUGACAGAAUUAACCUGCUUUACACACUGCGAUCUAGCAAAUUGCGCAGCCACCGAGCACAGGUUUCUUUUCCUGGUGGCAUGAUCGAUACAAAAGAUUCUAGCAGCGAAAGUUGCGCGGUACGAGAAUUUGAGGAAGAAACAGGGUUAUCAAAGAAUUCCGUCAACAUUUGGGGACGUGGAAAUACCAUCAUUCCGUACUUUGGACCGUCUAUUACACCGAUUGUAGGCAAUAUUGAAAAUUAUUCUAUACACAAGUUAGAUCCAAGCUGUGACGAAGUUGCCAAAGUGUUCACUGUGCCUAUCGAGCUUCUUGCGUGCAGUGAAAACCGAAAUCAUACCCAAUUUCGAGGCAAUUAUUCUUCGCCCGUUUUUCAAUAUGGAGAUGAUAUAGUGUGGGGAAUAACAGCAAUUAUCACUCAUUUGUUUCUUACAGCUUUAAUGCCGGGAGCGUAUUGUGCUCGUUUACCAUUUAUAAAGAAAUACGAAGCUAGAAAGAUAGAUGACAGAAGCUAAUACAAUUUCUGUAAACAAUAAAAAUAAAUAAAAAAUAAGCUAAAA